AUGUGUUCGUUAUUAAGAAAACCUCUCCAUUGGAAUUUACCGAAGUUAGUGUGUCCAAGACAUACUAGUAUUUAUACUCAAAGAUUACUGUCCGUUGUUACUCCAGAUAUAAUUGUACCUCGCAAAAUGAAAGGUAGGUUUGCCAGCGAAGAACAAAAACGUAUUAUUACAGAAUUAGUUAUCAAAUCAAGUUCCUCAAUAAUCGAUUGGGAUGCGUUGAAAUCGUCUGUUUUGUCCAUAAACCGUGGGUAUAUAAAUGAAAAAAAUAUUAAUGGAUGCAUCUUAGAGGCAUGCACACAACAAAAACGCUUGGACUUGGUCAAGUCAUUUAUGAAGUAUGUGAAAGAAUCUAGUCAUGGUAAACCUAAUAUAGCAUUAGAACUAUUAUACAUUCGUUCAUGUUACAAGUCGAGGAAUGAAUUGACAGAUAAUGACCAAUAUGAAAUUCAGACUAAUUGUCAGUCUCUGUUUAAAAAUAAUUUACAUUUAUUGAAUUCAGUUCUUCUUGAAGGUUUAGUAAUGGGAAUUUGUUGUACACCUUUAUGGCGAGACUCUUUAAAAUUCAUUAAAGAAUCAAAAGUUGAAGAUACCAUAACAUUAAACACAUUUGUUAGUGUAAUUUUAAGAGCUUUUGAAGAAGAAGAAAUUGAUUUGGGAUGGACUACAGUACAAAAUAUGUUUAAUCUACAUAGAACAAUACCAUUAGAAAUAGUUGCAGCAUGGUUUAAUGUUUGUGAAAAAAAUGUAAAUUGUAGCCAUCGUAGAGUAUUAGAAUUUUUAAGAGAUAACGAAUAUAUUAUCAGGGACAAUUUAGCAGAACUAAUUCGUAGCAAAUUAAAUCAAUCUGGAAUUAAAACUACUACUACUAUGAUUUAUCAUAAUAAUGGAAAAUGUAAGAAUUGUAAUCAAGUAUUGGAACAUGCUGAAGUCACGAAUUCAGAUUUUAAGAUACUUCAAGAACGUUUUUUAUCUAAUGUAAUGAUUGGAAAAAAUAUUUUUAACAACUCUUCUCCUCAAGAGUUGAACGAUUUUAAAGAUUUCAUAGAAAUAACUGCACCAUAUGAUGUGGUUGUCGAUGGAUUAAACUUAGCAUAUGCAUAUAGAGGAAAAAUUGGUGAUCAUUCUUUAACCAAGGUUGUUAUGAAGAAUUUUAUUGAAAAGAAACUGAAAGUAUUAUUAAUUGGCAGAAAACAUCUAGUAAAAAUGCUGGGAAAGGAAUUUGAUUUUAUAAAAAAAAAUGCUCACAUAUUUUUUACAAACGAUCUGUCUAAAGAUGAUCCAUUUGUUCUAUAUGCUGCAAUGUAUAGUGGUGUUGAUACAAAAAUUCUCACCAGGGAUCUUAUGCGUGGUCACAAAUUUUUAUUAGGAGAUGCUAUCAUAAAAAGUAUAUUUCAAAAAUGGUUACAAAAACAUAGAUUAGGAUUAAGAUUACGCGCAGGGAAUGAAGUUAUUAUUAAAGAACCUAUAACAUAUUUACAAGCUACUCAAGAAUCUGCAAAUGGAACAUGGCAUAUGCCCUACCAGGAAUUCAAAGAACCUGGUUCCUGGUCAAAACCUGAUUCAUCGCCUGAUAAAUGGAUGUGUAUACAAAUGUAG